CUUGGCAUUCAGUUUUAUUAAUAUUUUGGGUACCUAUCUAUUUUAGAUUGUCAUCUUUUCUAUGGCCUAAAAGACAAAUUUGUAAAAAAUUUGUAAAGUUCAAAAUUGUGUAAAUUUUAAUGAAAGUGGCGGUAUUCUACGGACUAUAUACAUUUAUUACUAAUUUGGGUACCUAUCUAUUUUAUCAUGUCGGACAGUUGAAAAUGCCAAAAUGGACAACUUGGAACUAGUGUCAUCGAAUAAGAUAUUUGGAGGGUACCAGAAAGUGUAUGCACAUGAAUCCACGGAGUUGGUUUGCAAGAUGAAUUUCUCCAUCUACCUUCCUCCACAAGCUGACGGUGGGGAUGUGAAAUUGCCCGUCUUGUUCUAUCUCUCUGGUCUUACAUGCAAUGAACAGAAUUUUAUCACAAAAUCUGGGUUUCAAAGAUACGCAGCAGAACACGGUAUCAUAGUAGUUGGCCCUGACACGUCUCCUCGAGGCGUAAAACUUCCUGGUGACGACGAAUCUUGGGAUUUCGGAGUAUCAGCUGGCUUCUACCUGGAUGCCACUAAAGACCCAUGGUCUAAACACUACAGGAUGGGAAGCUAUCUGAACAAGGAACUUUAUGAGUUGAUUAUCACUUCUUUCAGCAAUGUCGUGGACCCUGACAGAAUCGGUGUCAUGGGUCACAGUAUGGGAGGUCACGGCGCUCUCAUCUCAACGUUAAGAAACCCUGGACUAUACAAGUCGGUGAGCGCAUUUGCGCCCAUCUGCAACCCGAUUAACUGUCAGUGGGGCAUUAAGGCGUUUACUGGGUAUCUGGGAGAAGACAGGUCUAAAUGGGCCGACUGGGAUGCCUCCGAGCUGGUUAAGAAAUACGACGGCCCUCCACUUACUUUGCUUAUUGACCAGGGCGCUAGCGACAAAUUCUACGUUGAAAAGCAGCUCCUACCCGAAAACUUGGUGGAGGCAUGCCGCUCGGUUGGAGUUCCAGUCAUUUUGAACCUCAGAGAUGGAUAUGAUCAUUCCUACUAUUACAUCUCCACGUACAUUGGAGAACAUUUCAGUUUCCACGCAAAGAUACUCAAAGCUUAAGCUUGUAAAGUAACAAAAUAAGAACAAUUAAGGUGUAUUUAAAAUGUAUUUUGUAAUAAUUUUUGUAUAUAAUACAG